CCCGGGCCCUAACCCCCGUCUCUCCCACAGUGCUGCUCGAUGGAGGUCACGGCGGAGAGCAUGUCGGUGAUGGCGGCCACGCUGGCCAACGGCGGCAUCUGCCCCAUCACGGGCGACCAGGUCAUCCAGCCCAACGCCGUCAGGGACGUCCUCUCGCUCAUGCACUCCUGCGGCAUGUACGACUACUCGGGGCAGUUCGCCUUCAAGGUGGGUCUCCCGGCCAAGUCGGGCGUGUGCGGCGCCAUCAUGCUGGUCAUCCCGAACGUGAUGGGCGUGUGCACGUGGUCGCCGCCUCUCGACUCGCUCGGAAACUCCGUCAGGGGACUCAAGUUCUGUGAGGAAAUGGUCCAGGUGUUCAACUUCCACCGCUACGACAACCUGCGCCACGCCGCCAACAAGAAGGACCCGCGGAAGCAGAAGUUCGAGUCGCGCGGCCAGAAGGUCGUCUCGCUCCUCUUCUCCGCCUGCUCCGGCGACGUCACGGCCAUGAGGAGAUACGCCCUGGCCGGCCUGAACAUGGCGGAAAGCGACUACGACGGCAGGACGGCGCUGCACCUGGCCGCCGCCGAGGGCCACCUGGACACGGUGCGCUUCCUGCUGGACAAGUGCAAGGUCCCCCCGGCGCCCAGGGAUCGCUGGUCCCAAACGCCCGCGGACGACGCCGAGCAGUUCGGGUUCGCGGAGGUGGCGCAGUACAUCAAGGACUACGAGCAGAGCCUGGAGGAGGCCAAGAAGAAGGACACCAUUGAGGAGGCGGAGGAGGAGACGCAGGCAGAGCAGUAAAAAGACUUUUUCAGGAGAUGCGGAAAGAAAGACGUCGCUCGCUAGACAUUUAGACAUUAUUUCUUUCGGUUGAUUUAUGGUGCAUUUCUAGUCAUUGUAACGUACAUUUCCAGGUGAAAGUGUAUCGUGUGCUGUUAUUGUUUUUACUUUUUUUCUAGCUAUAGAAACGAUGGUUAGAAUCACCAUAAGAUUAUUUGUAUAUGGUAUGUAGGUCAGUUAUAUUCGACCCCAUUUUCAUGAUACGAAUUGUUAUAUAUUUUCAUUUUUUAUCAUAAAUCUUAUAUACAUAGCCAUAUUGUAUAAACGGGAAACUGAAUGGAGGCAUCAGACAUAUUG